AUUUAUGAAAAACAAUUUAAGAAAUAAUAGAAAGGAAACAAAUAUUUUAUGUCGUUUAUAAUAAUUGUGAUUUAUUAAUCCAUGAAUUGUUAGUCGGUGGGAAGCCGAGCCAUUUAACAUAUACAUUGUCUCCAUUACUUUUAAGUACUUUUUCCACGAGAUAAAUAUGAGGGUAUUUAGUCUUUUGUAAUUCUUUUUCGUAAAAACAUCCACUAAUAGGUUGACCAUUAAAAUCUUCAAGGAGAUAUGUUGGCGGGUUGGUUAGGUUUACUUUUCUUAUCAUAAAAAUUUCCGUUGUCCAAUUUGGUGUGAUUAAAACUAAAUUCCUUCCACAUUUUUUUCAGAAAUUUCUGUAUAAAUAACUGUUUCAGUUUAGGAUGUAUCUCAUACCGUCGACGAUGAAUCUCAGAGAAGAACUUUUACAAGUUGAAGAGGAAGUUUUGUUCAAGCCUUGUAAAAAGGUUAUUGAAUUAAAACAAAAUGAAAAAUAUCGUAUUGGUAAACUGAAACGUUGUGUUACGAAAUUUGGAGAACGAAUUGUUGCUGAUUUGGGCGAAUUUCAGACUUUCUUCCCAAUGCGAUACAACAAAUUGUCAGACGCUGCAAUAACCGAAAUCAAUCGAGGUUCAUUCAACUUUACCUAUUUAUGUCCGUUAGGACGAACUGCUAGUAUUAAAAUUGAAGAAGAACUGUAAAUUAUUAAAUAAACCUUACAUGUUCUGAGCAUACAUAUUUUGUUUUUAAUUGCCUCUUUUCAUUUCAUUUGCGUAAAAGUGUUUACUUUAUGAGGGGGAGAGUUUGACAGGUUUCAACAUGUUUACCUCUGGUUAAUCAGCGAAAAUAAAUUAAACUGAAUUCAUACAAAAUCAAUAGUAUUUAAAUAUACUUUUAAGGUUUUUAUAUUGGGCAUGUAACAAGUUAUUAAGGCGAGAAAAGCAUAUUACAGUUUCAAAAUCUGUUUGCUAGCUAGAAAACCAUAAAAUACAAACUUAAUAGCAUUUUUUCUUAAAAAAUCAUAGAUACUAAAUUUAUUGGGUCAAAGGAUGGUCAGUAAAUUUAAAAAGAAUAAAUUAUAAACUAUCUUCACGUAUACCAUCAUCAUGUAAACUUACUUUUUAAGUUAUGAGGCCACUAGAAAAUCAGAAAUAUAAAUAUUUUACCAAAAGUAAUAUGUGUCAAUUUUUAAAGCAUGAUGAACAUCAGAAAAUCCUAGAUGAAUAAAUUAUGAUGUAUACUUAUCUACAGUACAUAGUCAGAGAUUCAUUAGAAAAUAAUAAAAUACUAAAUUUAUGAGGUGUAGAUUACUUACUAAGGGGAGUCUGAUUAUCUACUAACUCGGUUUUGAUAUUCAAGAUGUUUGAGCUAUAUAUAAACCUAGCUGAUAUAUUCAAAAUAUUCUUAUUCUUAAAGAAUACCUCACCCCGGUACGACCCAAAAAUCAAUUCAAUCAUGAAGUCGUUUUUAUGUGAAGUUUGCGGAAAAUCGUUUUCCAAAAAUUUUAAUUUGAAAAGACAUAUGAAAAUUCAUACGUCUUUAAGGGAAUCGGUUAACGGUGAAAAUAAAAACUUUUGCUAUGUGUGUGAAAAAAGUGUUAAAAAGGGGCAGUGGAUUGAUCAUGCUAAAACCAAUACUCAUUCGGAAUUGAUUAAGCAAUUAUUUGAGAAAAUGGAUGGCUCGAAAGAAGCUGCCCCUGCAAAAAGAUUAUGUGUGGUGUGUGAUAAAAAUGUGAUCCCAUGUCAAUGGAAUAACCAUUUGAAGAGCAAGGCACAUUUAAAAAUGCAACAAGAACUUUUAUUUGAAGACAGUUCUUUGGAUCAUGAAAUCUUCCAAAACGGUGAUUGCUCGACUCAAGCUGGACCAGCGAAAACGCGUUGCGAAAUCUGCGAAAAAGAUGUUAUAUUUUGUCAGUGGGAUAAUCACUUAAAAAGUAUUGAACACAUCAGUUUGAUAGAGGCCAUGUUUUCGAACGCAGAAGAAACUCAGAAGUCUGCAAUAAAAUAUUGUGAUGUGUGUGAGCUGAACAUCAAUGCAAGAGAUUGGACAAACCAUGUACGGCGAAAUGUCCAUAAGCGACUUGUUGCAGAACUCCUUUCUGAUGACUUCCUGGUGCUGAAAAGUUGUUUCAAUGGGAGAGUAGAAACUCUCAUUUAUAAAAACAAGAGUGAAGAAAACCUAAGUCCCCCUGAGUUUCUCAAUGAAGCAGAGUCAGCAAUUCUAGGAAAAUUGAAAGAUCACCUGGAAAAGUUGCAAAGUGUUAAGUUCAACUUAGAAUUGUUUGCUGAGUAUAUUAAAUUUACGUCGGAGGAUGAAAUGGAGCUAAGUCUUAAAAGUUUCAACACAAAAAUGGAAAUUGCACUUGAAGGCAGUGAUAUAAUUUCUUCAUAUAGGAAUAUGAUAGAUGAAAUUGACACGAAAAUGCAAGAAUUUCAAGAAAAAGACAGUGGAUGGGCCUUGCUGCGGAUAUGUCACGUGGAAAUAAACAUAAAUCAAUACACACCAAUCAAAGGUUCAAGACAUAUACCGUUGCCUAGUUUUCUUUCUAGAAAAAGAGCCUGUAUAAACGUUCACAACACUGAUGAGUAUUGUUUCAAAUGGGCCAUCAUCUCAGCACUUUUUAGCAAAGGAAAGAACAAUACCCAUAAACCUGAAACAUACAAGAUACGAGAUAUCAGUUCACGAACGAUUUAUAAAAAUAACAUCAGAAUUGAUUUCGCUGAUCUGCAAUUUCCUUUAAGACUUAGCGAUAUUUCUAAGUUUGAAACACUAAACCCUACUUUAAGCAUCAAUGUGUUUGGAUUUGACGAUGAGAAGAAGAUAGUAGUAGGACCCUAUUACAUUACACCACAGGAGAAGAGAAAUCACAUCAAUCUAAUUCUCUUGCAAAACGAGGGAAUUUCGCACUUUGUCUGGAUUAAAAGCAUAUCAAGGUAAGCUUUAUUGCAAUUAUAGAUCUGAUUAUUACCUAUUAUUAAAACAUAUACAUUUUUCUAAUUUCUUUAAAAUUUUUUAUUUUUAGACUUGUUUCAACGCAGGCGAAAAACUACAGAGGAAAAUCUUGGUUUUGCAACACGUGCUUGCUAAGAUUUAUAUCUGAAGAAAAACUGAUGACGCACAAGGACAACUGCUGUAAAAUGGUGACAAAAAUGCCCAACGACGAUAAAAAGACUGUAUCGUUUGAACAUUUUGAGCGGAAGAUGGACGUGCCUUUCACAAUAUAUGCAGAUUUCGAAUGCAUCCUCGAGGAAGUAGGAUCCCCAGGUAAUGCUAGUAGUAGUAGUAGUAUUAGUAGUAGUUU